GUGUAAUUUUCGAAUUCCUCUCCGUACCCAUAAUUAAGGCCUUCUCCUCUGCUACAGCUAUCCUAGUCAUAGAAUCUCAGAUAAAAGUAAUGUUGGGCGUGAAAUAUCUCGUAUCGGGUUUUAUUGGAUCCAUUACUGCGCUGGUACCACGGCUACCUGAAACUAAUUUUGGCGAUCUUGGCAUGGGUUUAUUUGCUGUUAUAUUCCUCAUUGGACUUGCGCAAUUGGAAAAAGUAGCUGAUCAUCCAAAGUUAAAUCCAAUAUUGAGUACCAUCUUCCGCUACUUAUCCUUCUCGCGCAAUACACUCAUCGUUAUGGUCACGGGGCUUAUUUCAUACAUCUGGCUGAGCCAAGAACAUGAGGUACCGUUUACACUGAGCAAAAAUGCGCUAGCCGGUUUGCCUAAUUUUACAAUCCCCGAUUUUUCGGUGGUUACACCCGAGAAAACCUACACAUUUUUGGAUAUGUUAGCUGAAUUGAAUGUUGGUAUUGUUGUAAUACCCAUCGUUGGAAUACUCACCAAUAUCUCGAUUGCUCCUAAGGGCAUGGUUGAUGCUAACAAGGAAUUGAUCACCGUCGGUCUGUGCAAUCUUGCCGGUUCCUGCGUACAAUCUAUGCCCGUAUCAGGCGCCUUCUCGCGUUAUGCCAUCAGCAACGCUUGUGGACUCAGAACUCCAAUGGCCAAUUUGUACCUGGGUGUAAUUGUGCUACUGGCUUUGGGCUUUCUCAGUCCCUACUUCAACUACAUACCCGAAUCAACGCUUGCCGCCAUUUUGAUGUGCUCCAUCGUAACUUUGCUGGAUCUGCAGCUACCACGGCGUUUGUGGCGCGAUGCUAAGCGAGAUUUCUGCGUGUGGGUGCUGUGCUUUACGGUCUGCAUCCUAUGCGGCGUGGAAGUGGGCCUGCUAGUCAGUAUUAUAGUGACAGUCUUACACUUACUAUUCCUAUGGGCGCAUCCUGUGAUCUCAGUGCAUGUAGAAGAGAUCGCCGGCAUCGAUUUUACUGCGGCGCAAGGGAUCUCAAAACUUCCAGACGAUUUGACUCCAUCGGAGGUGGGUAGUGGACCGCUCCUCAUCAUAUACCGGCUAGAAGCGGAAAAACAGAAACUAAUACAAGCCACUGACAAGCUGAUCUUCUGUAAUGACGAUGUGAAGCUGGAAGAAUGCAUAACGCAAGAAUCAUUGCGGAAUGGGAAUUUCGUGAUGAAAGAACCUAUGAAAUCUACAAAUAGUCUGCUAGGCGAGACCCAUUUAGAUUUGCAUUAUUAG